CCAGUUCACUUUCACACUGUUCUAGAAAAGCGUCUUAAAAUCUAGGCUCUUGCAACUUCUCAUGCCAGUUGUCUUGAGACAGGUUUCCACAUUUCAAGCAAAUUUGGCUUUCCGCUUUUGUGGUGGCGUUUGAAAGAUUUUACUACUUCUGCAGUCACGCAGUGCGAAUAGUUGCUGUUUAAUCUGGAUGUUUUCAGCCCAUCUUCGGCUGGAGGAUGAUGCAGAGCACCAGGUCUGGAAGCAGCGAGCUGGAGUUCAUCACAUUCUCCCCCCUCGCUCCUUUUAGUAACCCUGAUUUGGCCACAAUCCGAGACUUCAGUCAUCUGACAGGCGGAUAUAUGACAAAUACCUGGGAUAGAAGAUGCAUGAGGAAACAGAGGAGAAGGACAGACGAUGAAAGCUGCAGUCCUAAACGGCAAAAGCUGAUGGGAGAGGAAGGAGCAGAUGGGUAUUCAAGUCCUAAAGUGAGCCAAAGAUGGUCUGUGGAGAGUAUCGCCUCUUCCCCUUCUGAGACCAGCCAGGUUCAACUGCAUACUGAAACCGGGACAGAAGAAAUGUGUCUGCCCUUUAGAUCCACUCCGUCUCCACUACCCAGAGUUCCCACAGAAGGCUCAAGCAUGGAGGUAGAGACCACUCAGAAGAGACUGCAGGAGAUAGAAGACCGGAUAACUUUGGAGGAUGAUAGUGAUGAAGAAGAACUUGAUGUGGAACCAGCUCAGCGCAGACCAGUACUGGUGAUGUCCGACAGCUUAAGAGAGGGGCUACAGCGGGGGAUUGGUGACAUUCUACCCCAAACAGUAGCGCAGUCAUUGAGCUGCUCCUGUAUGGAAUUGGUGUUGUGGCGCCCCCCAGAGGACCCUCUCACCCAGAGGCUGAAGCACUCUUUACAGAAACAGCAGCGCAAGCAGUUGGCAGUGAGCAGACAGACUCCCACCCCAGUGCCACCUAUCAGCAGCCCCCCACCCCAACCCCAGUUCACAGCACCCAGUGAGCAGACUUUCAGCCUGCUUUUCGGCAGCCCUGCGCUCCUCAACUCUGGAGAGGAAGACAUGGAGUUAUAGAAGGAAAUCUUUACCAAAACCCUUAGCAUCCUGCGUGUGAAAAAAAGCUUUGAACUUUAUCAGUGCAAACAAGGAAUUACCAUAAGGGGAGAGAAUGAGCAAUUCAUAAAUGCUCAUAUGAGAUUUGUUUUAACCUGCUGCUUUUGUAGGUGGGACCAUAUGUGCACUAGACUAAAUAUUCCUGUGGCUCAGUGGUAGAGCAUUGCGUUAGCAGUGCAAAAGGUUGUGGGUUCAAUUACCAGAGAACACACAUGACAAAAAUGUAUAGCCUGAAUGCACUGUAAGUUGCUUUGCAUAAAAGCGUCUGGCAUAUGCAUAAAUGUAAAUGGGUCAGUGGUACAUUGGUUGAAUGUGCAGUUGCAAUUUCACAUCCACUCCAUUUGCUGUUGAAAGCUGUGAAUAUUCAAACACAUUACAGGUUAACAAUGCAAAAUAUUGUAGGUUUUUCUUUAGGCAGUUAGUAGUAUUUCAGUGUACUGUCCAUGUUUUUUUUUUUUUUGAAAGAUUCUUUAGUUAUGGAAAGUGACGAUUGAUGGAUUUGAUUAAAUUAAUGGGAGCUUGAUUUUUGAAGUGUCACCAUGUGCUCUUGAACGGGACAGACAGAGACAGCAUCAUUAAUCUU